AUGCCCCAGAACGAGUAUAUCGAGAGGCACGUCAAGCGGUUCGGCCGCCGACUAGAUCAUGAGGAACGCCAGCGCAAGCGCAUCGCGCGUAUGGGCCACAAGGCGUCCAAGGAUGCGCAGAACCUUAGGGGCCUAAAGGCCAAGCUUCACCAGCAGAAGAGGCACAAGGAGAAGAUCCAGAUGAAGAAGCAGAUCAAGGCCCACGAGGAGAGGAAUGUCAAGGCCGCCGGAGAGAACGAGCCCUCGGCGCCCGUUCCCGCCUACCUGCUCGACCGAUCGAACCCCUCUGCUGCCAAGGCACUUAGCAGCGCCAUCAAGAACAAGCGAGCCGAGAAGGCGGCGAGGUUUAGCGUUCCUCUGCCCAAGGUCAGGGGCAUCAGCGAGGAGGAGAUGUUCAAGGUGGUCUCCACGGGCAAGAAGACGCACAAGAAGGGCUGGAAGCGCGUUGUCACGCAGCCGACGUUUGUCGGACCCGAGUUCACACGACGCAACCCCAAGUACGAGCGUUUCAUUCGGCCUAUGGGUUUGCGAUACAAGAAGGCGCACGUUACGCAUCCCGAACUCAACGUCACGGUGCAGCUUCCCAUCAUCUCAGUCAAGAAGAACCCCAACAACCCUCUCUACACGCAGCUCGGAGUCCUCACCAAGGGUACGGUUAUUGAGGUCAAUGUCAGCGAUCUCGGACUCGUCACGGCAUCCGGCAAGGUCGUGUGGGGUCGGUAUGCCCAGAUCACCAACAACCCUUCCAAUGACGGUUGUGUAAAUGCUGUCUUGCUCGUGUAA